AUGGAACCGGUCGGCUUAGCUGUCGGCGUCGUCGGCCUUGCUGGGCUCUUUAGUGUUUGCCUGGAUGCUGUUCAGCGUUUCGAUGCGUGGAAGAAAUUCGGCGACGAGCUCGCGACUCUUGGCGUGCGUGUCGAAGUCCGACGGCUACGUCUGGACAAAUGGGGUCAAGCCGUUGGGCUCAAGCAAAACAGCGCAUCUGAUAUUGAAGGCCACCACCAUCCUGCACUGGACGACGCGCGCACUUCGAGAACAGUAAAGACGCUUCUCACAACAAUACAAGAGGUCUUCACGAAGAAAGUAAGCGCGUUGUUCACAGACGAAACGGAAUGUGCCGGCUCCGGUGGCGAUCUGGCCGCUCAGGAUCACUUUGGCGUAUCGUCCACAUCAAGGCGCGCCAGACUCAGGUGGGCCUUCAAAGAUAAGAGCACUGUCAGGGCAGCGGUCGAAGAACUUGCAGGGCUCAUACAAGAUCUGCAUGACUUGGUGCCUCCUCUUGGAGACGCGGAGGCUCAGAGAGGGCUGCGGUUAUGGCUUCUGGGGCGCCAUGCACCAAAUGAGGUCUUCGAAAAAGCCCUCAAGGGAAAGCUGGAGAACACAUGUCAAUGGAUCUUUGGUCGUCAGGAAUUACUCGGUUGGGCCUCCUCAGACUUUUCUAACUGCUCAACCAAGCAUUUGUGGAUUCACGGUCCGCCAGGUUUUGGCAAGACGGCUCUUUGUGCAACACUGCUACAGCACAUCAAAUCUACGUUUACAACGCCGGUUGUUUCUUUCUUCUUCUCAUCCGAUGACCUCGAGAGCCGAAGAGACCCAUUCGUGGCUCUCCGCUUGUGGCUGGUCCAGCUCUUACCUGAGCCAACUGUUUUUUCUCGACUGCGUAGGAGUUGGAAAAAUAGCCAGGGCCAGGUUGCCACAGCUGGAGAUGUCAUCGGCGCAUUCGAAGAGGUCAUAAAGUCAUUUUCGGAAUGUACUUUUGUCAUGGACGGCAUAGACGAGUGCGAGAACGGAGGCGUGACAAAUGACAACAGCUCUGUGACCAGCUUUCUCAAAACUGUUAGCUGGAUUGCGGACGGCACCAACACGCGCAUCUUGAUUACGAGCCGCGAGGAUACGGCCAUUCGGCAAGGAUUCAUGAACAAUACGGGCGCUACCGUCGUCGAAUAUAAAAUUUCGCCACAGGACGUCCGCCCAGACAUAGACGAGUACUCUCGAGUCGUGGUUCGCCAGAAGCUCAUCGGGAGAGACGGAAAUACGUGCGAGGACUUAUGUCAAAAGAUGGCUGAACGCUGCGAAGGGCAGUUCCUAUGGAUCAAGCUAAAGGGGUCACGUCUCAGCAGGUACAAGGCUGAAACGUUGCUCAAAGCCGAGAUUGAGAAGACGCCCUCUGGGCUCGACGAUCUUUAUGGUCGAAAUUGGGAUAGAAUUGGGGCCAUUGAGGACCCGGAUGACAGAGAGCGAGCCUAUGCGAUGAUGAGAUGGGUCAGUUUUGCGACACGGCCUCUGACUGUCGCCGAAUUGACUGCAGCGUUGCUCGUUGACCUGAGCUGUGACAACAUGCAGCUUGAUGAGAUCCCCUACUUGCUCGAGGACGAUUACGUCGAGAAUGAGAUCCUGAAGAUGUCUGCGUCGCUUCUGGAGAUACAUGAGCCUCUCUCGGAAACAGACGCGCCCGACGCCUCAGCGCAGACUGUGCAUUUCACACAUUUCACGGCGAAACAAUACUUCAUCCUCCGCAUGGCCGAAAAAAUAGACACGUUGAUGGUGAAUGAACGCCUCCGUUCUUCAGUACAGGUGGCGUGUAAUAAUGAGCUUGCCAGCAAGUGUUUGCAUUACAUUAGCAUGGCUCAUGUUUGGAAAACCCCCAGCGAAAACGUUCAUCCUAUCUAUCGGUCAUUUCGCGAUUACGCUGCCGAUGAAUGGUACGAGCAUGCUGCCGCCUCUGACCAUGAUGAAGUAUUUCGACGAGCAAAUGAAUUCUUUACCGAAAAGGGUUCAAUUUGGAAGUUGUGGCGUGACUGGUUCGAUUUUCAAGAAGCAGUUGAAAAUGAGCCACACCAAGUGGUCGACGAAGGACCGCUCUAUUACGCAACACGGUUCAAUCUUAUCGAAACUGCCAAGUACUUGAUAGAAAGUGGCCACUGCAACGUCAACGACAUACAUCUACGUUCAGGACUCACGAUUCUACAGCUGGCAAUCUUACAUGGGAAACCUGAUAUGGCGCUGGUUUUACUGAAUGCACGCGCCGAUAUAUUCAUACAAAGCAAAUGCGGUCACAAUGCACUCCAUACUGCGUCUCAAAGAGGCGAGCUAAAACUCAUGGAGAGUUUUCUGGAUAGAGGCGUAGAUGUCAAUUUGCGUAGCGAUCCCAUGUCCACUCCGCUGCAUUACGCAUCUUGUCAAGGACAAACUGCUCCGGUACAGAUGUUGCUGGACCGUGGCGCUAAUCGCUCCGCCGUUAAUAAAAAGGGGUUUACUGCGCUGCACCUAGCCUCAAAUGGCGGGCAUCUUGAAGUCGCUCAAAAGCUCUUGGAAGACUGCUCUGGUAUAAGUACUGGGGGGCAACAUACGAUGUCACCGUUAUUUCAAGCAGCCGUCGACGGUAAUGUGGGCGCCGCAAAAUUGCUGCUCGAGCGCGGUGCUGAUCCUUUUGUCGUUGAUCACAAAGGCUUGGCAUUAACUCAAAUUACUGCCCGCUACGGCCACCUUGGUGUUUUUCAAUUGCUUCUGGAUGCAGGGCUCGACGUCGAUACCCAGAAAGGACUGACGCCUUUACAUUACGCCUGUGUCGGUGGACAUGCUGACAUGGUCCGUAUGCUCCUGGCGCGGGGAGCUAACAUUAAUGCAAUGUACGAGGGACUGGGGACCCUCCACGCUGCUGCUUUCUACUGUCAUCUCAACAUUUCCGAGAUUCUUUUAAGCAACGGCUUGGAUCUCAAUACUGCCAUUAAAACACCUUUUCACAUCGUUGCAGGCCAGGGCAGCGUUGGCAUGGUCCGGUUUUUGCUGGAAUGCGCAGCAAAUAUGUCUGACAUCAAUCGAGAUAGCCAGUUGAUCCCGUUUCAUGCUUCAGUCACACGAGAUCAAUCAUCAGUCGCCAAGCUCCUCAUCAAAGAAAAUAACGCUUUCGGAGUCAAUGCUAGAAGCAACGACGGUUUUACUCCAGCAUAUCUCGCCGCGAGGGUAGGACAUGCGGAUCUACUCCAAAUGCUAAUUGAUCAUGGGGCAGACAUUUGCAUACCUAACAACGCAGGCUCAACAGCGUUCCAAAAAGCUGCUCUGUCGGGCGACGUAGAGACUGUUCGUCUCCUCAUCAAGCAAGAAGCCAGAUACUCAGCACUUGACGAGGGUCAUUUCGCCGCGAGGUAUAGCAGCGCAUGUUCUAUAGGGCAUGUGGAAAUUGUAAAAUUUCAACCCCAGGGCAAGGGUGUUUUAGAAGCGCAAAAUAAUAGUGGUUGGACUCCUCUUCUGUUUGCUUGCGCAAAGUCCCUGACCGAUAUCGUCGAGUUGUUGCUGGAUGCCGGAGCUGAUCCGACGGCGAAGAAUGACGCGGGACAGACGCCCUUACACAUAGCCUCGAUUCAAGGAGCCACAGAAAUUGCCAAGUUACUGUUGGGCAGAGGAGUAGAUACUAAUGCUAUUGACAAUGAUGGCUGGACUGCUACCUGUUAUGCCGCAGUUACAGGUCGCGCUGAUAUAUUGCAAUUGCUGAUCGACGCAGGCGUGGACAUUCGGACGAAGGAGAAAAAGGAAAUCGGAGUUUUUCUGGAAGCAGCUUCUGAGGGGUACGAGGUGAUCGUUCGGCUAUUUCUUGAGCAAAUGAUGGAUGUCAAUGCCGUCAACUCUUCAGGGGCGACGGCGUUGCACAAGGCCGCAAUGAAAGGACAUUUCCAGGUUGUUAGGCUGCUUCUAAAAAAUAGUGCAACCUUAGAAGCCAGAGAUGAGCUAGAUUGUACCCCUCUUAUACUUGCCGCAGCAAAAGGGCAUACAAAGGUGGUGGAACUGUGUCUUGAAUCUGGGGCCGUCAUUAAUGCCGUCAGCUCCGAAGGAGCGACAGCCUUACACAUUGCUGCAGGGGAAGGACACUUCCAAGUUGUCAAGCUUCUUCUUGAGAGCUAUGCAGCCUUGGAAGCCAGAAAUCUGCUGGGAUUUACCCCUCUUAUGCUUGUCACGGUACGGGGACAAACCGAGAUGGUGGAAUUAUGCCUUGAGUUCGGAGCAGUCAUCAAUGCUGCCGAUCUACAGGGCUAUACACCAUUGAUCUGGGCCUCAUUUCUGGGUAAUGUUGAUAUCGUCGAGUUGCUACUAGGGAGAGGAGCAAACUUGGAAGAGACCACUGUGGUUAGUGAGACUCCGUUGUAUGUCGCCUCCUGGCAGGGGCGAACAGCCGUUGCCAAAUUGCUGCUAGAAAGGGGGGCCAACAAGGAUGUGACAAACAUUUUCGGUCAGACACCAUUACUCUCGGCCUUCUGCGAGAGUCAUUUCGAUAUUGUCAAUUUACUGGUAGAGAAUAGCGCUAAUAUAGAGACGAAGUGCCACUGGGGACAGACACCACUCUCGGCCGCCUCUCAUGUUGGUCAUGCCGCUACUGUUGGGCUCCUUCUGGAGAAAGGCGCAAACAUGGAAGCGUGA